AUGGCACAACCCAGCAGUUCACAAUAUGUGUCAAUUGACCCGACAUUAAAAAAGCUGGCGCAACCAUUGAAUGCAUCAGACUCAGGUUUAGUCGCUGAGAUUGCCAACGCUCUGUCAUUGCUCCUGGAUGGGAAGCUUAGUGAAACCCAAGCUGCCGCUGUCCUCAGUUUACUGCACCACCGGGAGAAGGACAAGGAUAUUGUCGUCAUUUUGGAGUGUAUUCGCUUGCUGGCCCCGACACAGGCAAAAGUCGAUACGGAUGCAUUAAACAGGGUCAUUUCGGACCGAAACCUAGCUCGCGCGAAAUACCAGGGUGGACUGUGUGAUAUCUCCGGAACAGGAGGGAAUGCGACGGCUGUCAUUUCUGUGGCUGCCAUGGCGUCCAUCGUCGCAUCAGCGAAACUCUUCAUCGCCCAGCAUGGCUACUUGAGCGCUACGUAUCCAGUCUCCUCGGCUAACCCUGAGGACAUCAUCAGCAAUAUCAAACCGAACGCUCCGCUGCUUGCAAAGGUCACGGCAAACCAUGUCCCCGAAAUCUACAAGCAGAGUAACUAUUCGUUACUCCCAGAGCGCAAUUUCCUUCCACGAAUGCAACACGCCAAUCGCAUUCGUUUGGGACUAGGGAUCAGGACGAUAUUCGACCUAACCAGCACAUUACUCCAUCCACUGAAUGCCAGCUGCGGCCUGGAGGCCCGAGUAGUCGGCGUAGCGAAUCCAGUCCUCGGUCCUGUUUUGGCACAGGCACUCCGAGACAUGGGGGUUCGGAAAGCCCUCGUGGUCUGCGGGAACGACUCAAUGGAUAUUAUUGCUCCAGAGGGUUCAACAUCCUGCUGGAUGCUUACAAAUCCAUCCGUCGAAGCCACCAGUCCAGGAAUACAGCACUUUCGCCUCCAGCCCCGGGACUUUGGGCUAUCGGAGAAUCCACUGGCCAGCAUUCAAGCGAAAGGUAGUUCCGAGCAGGAGGCUUGUGUUCUCUCGCAGUUGCUACAUAAUCAGUUGUCUGUUGAUGACCCUGUUUUGCAAUGUGUGCUUAUGCAUGUUGCCGCGCUGUUUGUUACUUCCGGGGUAUGUGAUGCAUUGCGAGAGGAUGGCGUUGUAGAGACGGGCCCCGGUGGCGGUAGAUGGAAGGAAGGUGCCCGUCUCGCGAGGUCUUGUAUUAUGGGUGGCGAGGCUCUGAAGUGUUUUGAAACCUUUGCCUACGUGACCAGUCAGUUGGAAUAG